AUGUACUUGAUUCUGUUUGUUGACCAAGCAUUACAUAGAGAGACUUCAAUGUACUCUGAAACUGUUGAAAUCCAUACUCAGUUGGUCAAUUACGUUUUAGAGAAAACUACAAGGAAUAGUGAAGGGAGGCUGGUGAUGCCAUUACUCUGGAACCCUAGAGUUUCUCACCUUUUGGGACAUAACUUCAAUAUAUCAGAGAAAAUACUGUCAAGCCUGCAAAGAAAAUUGCAAGGAAAUUUAGACGAUAAACUGAAGCAGAUAAAUAUGGUAUUUAAGGAGCAAGCGGAUGCUGGAAUAAUUGAGAGAAUUGAAAAUUUAGAUCAAUUCAAGAAGGAGCAUCCAGAGUCCAGUUUCAUGCCUUUUAUGGGCAUUUUUAAGCCUGAUCGUGAGACCACAAAAUGUAGGGUUGUGUUCCUAUCAAAUUUGAGUGACAAAGGAAGUAUGAAUCACAAUCAAACUAUGCAUGCAGGUCCAACAUUAAAUCAGAAACUCUCCACUUCCAUUAUCAAUUUGAGGUUCGGAAGCAAACUAUGUUGCUUUGAUAUAAAGAAGGCAUUCAACAAUAUAGGUCUUGAGGAAGUCGACCAAAAUCGCCUUUGUUUUUUGUGGUUUAGAAAUCUUGAAGAGGGAGAUUUUCAAUUAUUGGCUAUAAGAAUAGUAGACUUCCUUUGGACUUAG